AUGGGCAAAUCCUCAAAAGACAAACGAGACGCCUACUACCGCCUCGCCAAAGAAGAAGGCUGGCGCGCCCGCUCCGCCUACAAACUGCUGCAACUAGACGAAGAAUUCAACCUCUUCGAAGGCGUAACGCGCGUCGUAGACCUCUGCGCCGCACCAGGAAGUUGGAGCCAGGUUCUCUCGCGCGUGCUGAUCAAGGGGGAGAAGUUUGGGAGAGCAGGAUGGCAGGAUAAGCAGAAGAAUAUGCGGGAUUAUGUUUUGGGCGGUGGUGGGGAGAAGAAGGAGGUGAAUGAGAAAGAAGAGGGAAAGCAAGAGGAGGGUGUAGAAGGAGAAGGGGAAAACAAGGUAGAGGAGACACCAAAACUCACACCAAGAGAAGGAGUCCGCAUCGUAGCCAUCGACCUGCAACCCAUGUCCCCCCUCGAAGGCGUAACAACCAUGCGCGCAGACAUAACCCACCCCUCCACCAUCCCCCUCAUGCUCAAAGCCCUCGACCCAGACACCUACGACCCCGUCCUUCCCACCUCCACGCGCUCCUCCCCCGUCGACCUCGUAAUCUCCGACGGCGCCCCCGACGUAACCGGCCUACACGACCUCGACAUCUACGUGCAAUCGCAACUCCUCUGGGCCGCCCUCAACCUCGCCCUAUGCGUCCUCAAACCCGGCGGCAAGUUCGUAGCCAAGAUCUUCCGGGGCAAAGACGUAGAUCUGCUGUUUGCGCAGCUGAAAAUCGUGUUUGAGCGUGUGAGAGUGGCGAAGCCGAGGAGUAGUCGGGCGAGUAGUAUUGAGGCGUUUGUGGUUUGUGAGGGGUUUUGUCCGCCCGAGGGGUUUAUGCCGAGUUUGGAGAGGCCGUUGGGGGCGGGGACGGUGUUGCCCGAGCCUGUGAGGGAGGAGCCAACGUCUUCAGAUGCGAAGAAACCGGAAAAGAAGGUUACGAGCCGGGUCAGGGAGGAUGGUGCGAUUGAGAUUGAUUUAGGGGAUGAGACGGACGAUGAGGAUGAUGUUGAGGAGGGUGGUCGGCGGUGGAUAGCUCCGUUUCUGGCUUGUGGUGAUCUCUCGGCGUAUGAUUCGGAUGCGACGUAUCAUUUGCCAAAGGAUAGGGUUAGUCUGGAUCCUGUACAGCCGCCUACUGCGCCACCGUACAAGAGGGCGUUGGAGAUGCGGAAGCUGGCUGGUGGAGCGUAUGGGAAGACGAAGGGAAGGGCAGAGAAGGCAGCAUCAUAG